UUCCUCGUCACUCCGGAAGCAUUUUUUUGUUGGUCGGGUAAGAUAAAUGUGACUUAAAUUCUACCCUUUUCCCUUGCUCCACUGAAGGCAUGGCCAAUCCUGAUUGAACCCAUGAGUAAUGAGCGUGCGAACUUUGACUUAAUCUGCUGGGCAUGUGCCUUUGAAUUGAGAUUCUCCUUAUUAUAAUUUUCCCAUGUGGGCAGGUGGCCAAAGUCUAUAGGAUUUGCGUCGUGAAAUCUAAGAAAUAGGGCCAUGGCUAUGAAAAAUUCAACCCUUAUGUUUUUUUCUUUUACAUUUUUCUAAUAUGUGAAUGAAUUGGAUUGAUCAGAUCAACUAAUCCAUACUUGGAGUAUUUUAAACUGUUAAUAAAAAUUUCACAAUUAAGACAUGGAAGAGCUUGUCAGCUUAACCUAACCUUAACCGUAUUCAGCGACGGAGGGCCACCAAACUGACCGUCCCGCCGUCAUCAUUUGGCCCACAUGAAAAAAACCAAGGCAAAAAACAAGGAAAAGUAACGUCUGGCGAUAGGCAGCCGUCAUCCGCCUACUGAGCUGGUAAAAUGUUUUGACUUUGUCUGAUACCUAUGAUUUGUAUAAACCUUGAAUCCCAUUAAUCCCAACUUCUGCAAGUUGUUUGCAAUGGCGAGAGAUCCUUCAUCAAGCAUUGAAAUUCGGGUUCUUUCAAAGCGGGGCAGUAAUGUGAUCCACCCGGUUGAAGUUGACACACCUCCACUAUUGCCAUCUCCGAGUCCAGGGCCGGUGCCGGUGGUCUACAGAGAAAUCAAGCAUUUCAAGAAAUGGGUUCCAUGGUUGAUACCUUCAUUUGUUGUGGCCAAUAUUAUUAUGUUUGGAAUCACCAUGUACGUCAACAAUUGUCCCAAGAACUCCAUUUCCUGCAUUGCCGAUUUCUUGGGCAGGUUCUCCUUUCAACCGUUUAAGGAGAACCCUCUUCUUGGGCCUUCAUCAUCGACGCUACAGAAGAUGGGCGCCCUAGACGUAAGUAGAGUGGUUGACAGACACCAGGGAUGGCGCCUUAUCACUUGCAUUUGGUUACAUGGUGGAGUUUUCCAUUUACUGGCCAAUAUGUUGAGUCUUUUGGUUAUUGGGAUUCGGCUUGAGCAAGAAUUUGGUUUUGUAAAGGUUGGAUUGCUCUAUGUCAUCUCUGGAUUUGGUGGUAGUCUGUUGUCAGGCCUUUUCAUCCAGGAGAACAUCUCUGUUGGUGCCUCCGGUGCACUCUUUGGAUUACUUGGAGGCAUGCUUUCUGAGCUCAUUACUAAUUGGUCAAUAUAUGCUAAUAAGCUGGCAGCAUUCUUGACCCUCGUGAUCAUCAUUGCAAUCAACUUAGCAGUGGGAAUCCUUCCACAUGUGGACAACUUUGCUCAUAUUGGAGGAUUUCUGUCAGGUUUUCUUCUUGGAUUUGUGUUUCUAAUCCGGCCCCAGUUUGGUUGGGUUAGCCAAAUAUAUGCUUCUCCCGAGCAUUCAACUUCACCCAAACCUAAAUUCAAGACAUAUCAAUGCAUACUAUGGGUGGCUUCUGUGAUCCUUCUAAUCAUUGGGCUUACCCUAGGUCUGGUUAUGCUCCUGCGAGGGGUUGAUGCAAAUGAUCGCUGUUCUUGGUGCCAUUAUUUGUCCUGCGUCCCUACUUCAAAAUGGAGCUGCAAGACAGAGCCUGCAUACUGUCUGUCCAACCAGAUAGGCAACCAACUCAACCUGACAUGCUCGAGCAAUGGUAAGUCCAGUAUAUAUCUAUUGGCAGAUCCAACCAGUUCCCAGAUCCAGGGGCUAUGUUCUCAGCUCUGUAAUUGAUUUGGACGAGAGACAGAUGGAAGAUGGUAUGGACUGCUAGGAUCAUACGGCUUCAUCAGUGUGGAACAUUUUACAAUGUUGUUAUAUUGUUGCCUUUCAAUCUACACGGUUUGUGAAAAAAUAUUCUGUAAAUUGACCAUGGAAACAAUAUUUAUUUGAUAUGCAUCUCCACUUUGGGAUCUACUUAAUAGACA